CUUUUCCUAACAAUGGCUCUUUCCUCUUCCUUUCAAAUUCCCCUCCAUUUCUCUCCGCUUUUCCCUCCUCCUCCUCCUCCUCCUCUCACCACCACCACCGCCAGAAAACCCUCUCUCCUCCGCUGCUCAAACUCCUCUUCUCCCGAAAACGACAGUCGCACCGAUCCUCCUUCUUCAAAGAAAGUACUCUCCGACCAGUCGUCGUGGGAAGCCAAAGACUCCGAAGGGAAUGACUAUCUCUACAGACUCGGCAAAGAGGCAGAUAACAUGAACAUCGCCGUCGGUGCUAGGGCUGGCGUCAUCGACGACCUCUUCGCCGGAAAAUUUCUCGGCCGUGACUCGGAUAUUGUGUUUGAUUAUCGUCAGAAAGUGACGAGGUCGUUUGAGUACCUUCAAGGCGAUUACUAUAUUGCUCCUAUCUUCUUGGAUAAAGUUGUAACACAUAUUGUCAAGAACUACAUUGCUCAUCUUCUCGAUAUCAAGAUUCCUUUGAUCCUUGGUAUUUGGGGUGGAAAAGGGCAAGGGAAAUCAUUUCAGACUGAACUUGUAUUCCAAGCCAUGGGAAUUGAGCCUGUAAUUAUGUCUGCUGGAGAGCUGGAAUCUGAAAGAGCUGGAGAACCGGGAAGAUUGAUUCGCGAACGCUAUAGAGCAGCUUCUCAAGUGGUCCAGAACCAAGGCAAGAUGAGCUGCUUGAUGAUCAACGAUAUUGAUGCUGGCCUCGGUAGAUUUGGAAACACUCAAAUGACAGUCAACAAUCAAAUUGUUGUCGGAACUCUAAUGAAUCUAGCAGAUAAUCCUACAAGAGUGAGUAUUGGACAAGAUUGGCGGGAAUCAGAUUUCACAAAUAGAAUUCCCAUCAUUUUCACAGGGAAUGAUUUUUCAACUAUAUAUGCACCCUUGAUUCGUGAUGGAAGGAUGGAAAAGUUCUACUGGUAUUGUGAUUAUUUUUUUAAGCGGUACUAUGUUUUUUAAUUUACUAGUUUGUUUU